AUGUCUAUAAAAGUAUUAUCACUAUUGUGUUACGCGAGUGUUUUAACGAGUAUUGAAUCAGCGAGAAUUUUAGCGGUGUUCCCGUUUCCAUCAAUAAGCCACCAAGUUGUGUUCCGUAAACUUACUCUAGGUCUCGCCAACAAGGGACAUGAUAUAACUGUGAUGACAACAGAUCCAGCGUUUCCCAAAGGCGAUGCUCCCUCAAAUUUCAAAGAAAUAGACGUAAAAGAUAUAUCCUACAAAAAAUGGCAGACCUCAUUUCAAGAUGACUACAAAGUUGAUAAAGAUUUCGAUACUUUCUCGCAAAUGAGGCGAUCAAUCGACGUAUUGGGAGGUAUACUUAAAAUACAAUUUGAAACUCCCGAAAUGCAGGAAAUAAUAACAAAUACAACAAGAAAAUUUGAUUUGAUACUUGUUGAAGCUUUGAUGCAUCCUGCUAUUGUGCUUUCGCAUAUCUUAAAAGCUCCGUUAAUUCUCGUGAGCUCUUUAGGUGGAAUAUACAAAAACCAUCAUAUAAUGGGUGCCCCCACGCAUCCUUUAUUAUAUCCAUCAAUUUUCCACCGCAGGCUUUAUAAACUUACUAUUUGGGAAAAGUUAAUAGAACUCUAUGAUCACUUUUUAAUAGAUUAUGCUGUGUAUUUGAAUGAAGCUGACGAAACUGCUUUUAUACGGCAAUUAUUUGGGCCUGAUAUACCAACAAUAAACGAAUUAUAUAAUAAUGUUGACAUGUUGUUUCUUAACAUUAAUCCUAUAUGGGCAGACAAUCGACCUGUUCCUCCAAAUGUUGUAUAUAUGGGUGGCAUACAUCAGUCACCUGAAAAAGAAUUACCUAAUGAUCUCAAAACAUACUUAGAUUCAUCUAAACAUGGUGUCAUAUAUUUAAGUUUUGGAACGAAUGUUUUGUCAGGAAUGAUACCAACUGAUAAAGUACAAAUGAUAAUAAAAGUUCUUUCUAAUUUACCUUAUAACGUUUUGUGGAAAUGGGAUAAAGACGAACUUCCGGGAAAAUCUAAUAAUAUAAAAAUAUCUAAGUGGUUUCCUCAAUCUGAUUUAUUAAAACAUCCUAAGGUGAAGCUGUUCAUUACACAAGCAGGUCUGCAAUCUACAGACGAAGCAAUCACUGCUGGAGUUCCCCUCGUAGCCAUACCUAUGUUGGGAGACCAAUGGUACAAUGCAGAAAAAUAUGUGAAGCACGGCAUUGGAAAACAGCUGGACAUAGACACGCUCACCGAGGAACUAUUUAAAAAUGCUGUUGAAACUGUAAUUACAGAUGAAAGUUAUCGGAAGAAUAUCAUCAGACUUCGACAACUGAUGCAUGAUCAACCAGAAACACCAUUAGACCGUGCAAUAUGGUGGGCGGAAUAUGUAAUAAGACAUGGUGGAGCCAAGGAAUUAAGACCUCCUUCAGCAAAUUUAUCAUUUGUGGAGUACUAUGAAGUGAAAUUAAUAUUGAUCGUUGUUUCAGUAGUUUUAAUAGCUAUAAUUACAUUUGUUUUAGCUGUUUUACUAGUAACGAAAUAUGUAAAAAAAAAUAUAUGCAGAAAUGUUACAAAGAAGAAAUUGAAUUAUGAGGGAAUAGAAAGACAUCCCAAAGUGAAGUUGUUUAUUACACAAGCGGGACUUCAAUCAACUUAUGAAGCAAUAAAUGGCGGUGUACCUCUUUUAGCAAUACCAAUGUUGGGAGAUCAGUGGUAUAACGCAGAAAAGUAUGUUAAGCAUGGAAUUGGUAAAAAGAUUAACAUAGAAUCUUUAACAGCGACUGAACUACAAAACACCAUCGAAAGUAUUAUAAGAGAUGAAAGGUAUCGAAAAAACAUAUUAAAGCUUCGUGAUCUUUUGCAAGACCAGCCGGAAUCUUCUCUUGAUAGAGCCAUUUGGUGGACGGAAUACGUCAUAAGACAUGGUGGAGCAAAACAUUUGCGGCCGCCCUCUGCAAAUAUAUCUUAUGCAGAAUAUUUUCAAAUCGAUCGGAACUGUAUAUACACAUUUCAAAUGGUGCUUAAAUCAUUAUCAAUAUGUUUAAUUGUGAGUGUAAUCGUAGGAAUAAAAUCUGCGAAAAUUCUCGCAGUGUUUCCCAUGCCUUCGAUAAGUCAUCAAGUGGUCUUUCGUCCGUUAACUCAAGAACUUGCAAAGAGAGGUCACGAUGUCACAGUCAUUACGCCAGAUCCAGCCUUCACCAAAGGAAGUACUCCGCCAAAUUUAAAAGAAAUUGAUGUACAUGACAUAUCGUAUCAGACUUGGCAAAAUUUAUUUCUUAAUGAGUACAAAGUCGAUGGUGGUGCAAUGGACUACUCCGUCGUAAGGCAAAUAGGCACGUUGCUAGCCAAAAUGUUCAAAACACAGAUACAGUCACCUGAAGUCCAGAAAUUAAUAAAUGACAAAAAUAACAAGUUUGAUUUAUUAAUACUCGAAGCUAUGAUACGUCCCGCACUUGUUUUCUCACAUAUUUUUGAAGCACCUGUAAUCCUGGUUAGUUCUUUAGGCAUGGUUUUCAAUUACCAUAAGGUUAUGGGUUUGCAUACCCACCCCAUAUUGUAUCCCUUAUCGAUUCAGCAAAGACUUUAUAAUUUGACGCUGAUGGAAAAACUGAAGGAGAUUUAUCAUUAUUAUUCUAUAGAAUUGGCUCAUCAUUUGAAUACAUAUGAUGAAAAUAAAGAAUUAAGAAGCAUUUUUGGUUCCAGCGUUCCUUCAGUAAGUGAACUAUCUCUCAAAAUUGAUAUGUUGUUUAUUAAUAUACAUCCAUUAUGGGCAGAAAAUCAGCCAGUUCCCCAGAACGUUGUCUACAUUGGCGGAAUUCAUAUUCUACCAGAAAAGAAACUGCCAAAGGACUUGCAAACAUAUUUAGACUCCUCAAAAAAUGGUGUAAUAUAUUUAAGUUUUGGUACCAAUGUACUAGCAGAAACAAUACCUACAGAUAAAAUACAAAUAAUAGUUGAAGUUUUAUCUGAACUUCCUUAUGAAGUAUUAUGGAAAUGGGAUAAAGAUGACCUUCCUGGAAAAUCUAGUAAUAUAAAAUUAUCAAAGUGGUAUCCACAAUCUGAUUUACUGAGACACCCUAAUGUGAAGCUAUUUAUCACACAAGCUGGUCUCCAAUCAACAGAUGAAGCGAUAACAGCCGGCGUACCCGUCGUCGGUAUACCAAUGUUAGGAGACCAAUGGUAUAAUGCUGAAAAAUAUGUAAAACAUGGCAUUGGUAAAAAAUUAAACAUUGAAUCUUUAACUUCCGAAGAAUUCAGAAGUGUUGUUGUCGAUGUAAUUAAUGAUGACAGAUAUCGGAAGAAUAUAGUAAGACUCCGUCAGCUUCGAAAUGAUCUACCAAUGUCACCAUUUGAGAGCGCCAUGUGGUGGAUCGAGUAUGUCAUGAGACACGGUGGGGCUAAGCAUCUCCGUACAUCUACAGCCAAUUUGUCUUAUGCUGAAUACUUUGAGUUAGAAGUCUUAUUAGUACUGAUAUCAUUAGCGCUUGCAUGUAUAUUUUUGUUGAUAUCAAUAAUAUUUUUUAUUGUACGUACAAUCAAAUAUAUUUUUUAUAAACAAAGUAAACUAAAAAGAAAAUAAUUUCUAAGGAAUCAAUGGUCAAAAUUAUGUAGAAUAAAUUUAUCAAUAAAGUUUGUAUGUUAGGCAAUAAUUUAAAAAAAUGUGGUACGUUUUAAUUUAUCAUUAAAAUUUAAACAUUUCAAAAUGUUAAUUUUUUUACAGAUCAUGUUACAAAUAUAAUAAUUAUAAGCUAUUUUGAUAAGUUAAUUUAUAUGCUUAUUUAAAACACAUUGAAAUUUGAGACACUUUGUGAAGGAUAGCGACUAAAAAGAAAUCAAGUUAUGGAAGAGCGGAGCCUUCUGUCACAGGAGUGUACAACUCUUAAAAGAAGACUCUAGCCUUUAAUUAUUUGUUUUUGUUUAUUUCAGUAACAUCAAUCGAAUACGAUUGAUGUUACUGAAAUAAACUAUUUUUAUUUUAUUUUAUUAUUUAUAAGUUACUGAUCCAUACUAAUAUUAUAAAGCUGAAGAGUUUGUUUGAUUGUUUGAACGCGAUAAUCUCAAAAACUAUUGGUCCGAUUUAAAAAAUUCUUUUAGUGUAAGAUAGCCCAUUUAUUGAGGAAGGCAAUAGGUUAUAUUUUAUUCCCGUAUUUUUACGGGAACGAAAACUACGCGGGUGAAACCGCGCGGUGGCUACUAGUAUACUACAAUAUAACUUAGAUUUGCUUGUUAAAACCGUUAGAAAGCUUUCAUAUUUCCUGCCAUUGAGUUUCGAGUCACAGAUGUGCAAAGCGGGAAAGAAAUGAAAUUUUAACGUCACUUGUUCCGUUGACAUUUUACGCUACGUGACGCGAAUCGCGAUAAAGUGACAACUAACAUUUCCCUGCAUUUCCAGAUUUUGAAUGAAACGUACAAUUGAAACGAAGUAAACUUUGGCCGCUUUUGUUCACCGAUACUGAUGUUUUAUUAAUACAAGCUGACCCGGCAAACGUUCUGCAAUAUAAAAAAAAUAUUUUAUACAUAGAUACAAAAAUGAAAAAUUCGUUAUUAAAAACCUACCAAACAUACAAAAAAGUCAUUAAAAUUGGCUCGAUCGAGCUGAGCACAAGAUUGUUAUAUAUUAGUCUAGCGGACGCCCACGACUUCGUUCGCCCUUAAAUCCGGCCAUGUCGCAAAAUCCGUUUGUAGCGGAUGUCUACUAACUAUAAAAUAACUGUCAAACUGUAACUGUCAAAUUUCAUCUUUGUACGUCAAGCAGUUUUCCAUAUUUCGAAUCUUUUCGCUUUUAUAUAUUUAUAUUAAAUUUAUUUUAAUGCAAACUCUCAAUUUACAAAAUUGUAAAAAAAAAAUUUCGGAAAAGUAUAGGCAGAUAAGUAAAAAUAUAAAAAAAUCAAUUUGUGUACGCAUCGCUCUUAAGUUAAUUUAUCUAUACUAAUAUUAUAAAGCUGAAGAUUUUGUUUGUUUGUUUGUUUGUUUGAUUGAACGCGGUAAUCUCAGGAACUACUGGUCUGAUUUGAAUUUUUUUUUCAGCGUUAGAUAGCCCAUUCAUCAAGAAAGGCUAUAGGCUAUAUAUUAUCCCCGUAUUCCUACGGGAACGGGAACCACGCGGGUGAAACCGCGCGGCGUCAGCUAGUAAGUUAUAUAAGUAGUAUAAUAUUUCUAUGUCAUUUUGACGGUUAGAUUAAGCUUAGUUUAUUGUAGGCUCUUAGAACUCGAUGCCUAAACAGCCUGCAAUGAUUAAUAUGACGCUUGGGCAAUCUGGUGUUAUUUAUUUUGUAGAAAUCAUGUUAGAAUUUACAGAUUUAAUGAAAUAUGUCUAUUUUUUUAACUCGCUUGUAAACAUUCGGAAAUUAAGGUAAUGAAUGAAAUGGUGCUCAGAUUAACAUAGCAAUACGAGCUCCAAUUCUGGAUUUCGGCUGUUGAAUUAUUAAUUUGCUUAAGGAAUAUCAGUGUUAAGCUGGCGCGGGUAUAAUGGUUGUUGUAUGGAGAUAAAGGAGCAUUUACAUUUAAUUUGUGAAUUUCACAACUUCAGAACGACAGCUGCAUAGAUCUGAAAGACAUUUUGCAAAUACGUGUAGAUAGAUAGAUAGCGUUUGAGAUAGAACAUAAGCUAUUUUUUAUCCCACUAUAACAGACGUCCAUUGGUUUCACCCUCGUAGUUCCUGUUCCCGUGCAAAUACGGGGAUAAAUAUAGCCUCUGUUACUUGGUGAAGAUGUAGCUUCCUAAUAACAAAAGUACUUUUGAAAUUUUUUAAAGAAUUAUUAAUAAUUUACUAUAACUGUUAGAUUAAGUUUAUGUAAUCUGUUCAAUAGAAUUCUGUUUGUUCUGCUUUGUUUUAACUGUGGGAUUUUCAUGCAAAAUUUGCAUACAAUAAUAAUGUAUAUAUUUAACGUCGUGCAUGCUUUAUAUUUUAAUGUUAUAGACAUCGUUUACUUUUAUUGUGUUGGAGUUUGUGAAAUAUUUAUUGUAAUGGUAAUAAAAAUUGAGUGGCGUGUAUAAUUGGGACUAUUUAAAAAUAAUCAUUUGAAAUUACUGCCUGUUUAAAGACGUCUGACCUAUUCAAAGAGUAAAUGACAAAGUCAUUAUGGCUGUCACUGAAGAACUAGGAGCGACUUUAAAGGCAGUCUAUACCUCUAUACUCGUACUAAUAUUAUAAAGAGGUAAAAGUAUUCUUGCGAAAACAAGGAUUGCGCGGAUAAAACCGCGAGGCGUCGGUCUUUAUAGUUUUGUAUAGUGUGACACAAAAGAGUAGAAAUUCAAUGAGGGCGCUGUAGUCACAUAGUGUCGUUGAUAGGGUAACCCUGUGUACUGUCACCCACUUGGUAUUGCAACUACCUUGAUACUUGACAUUAAUUGAUAUUUUGUUUAUUAAGUAAUAUUAUUAAUAUUAGUAUUAAAUAAUAUUAUGUUAUUAUUUUAAAUAUGAUGAACAGUUAAAAAUAAUAUUUUUAUAUAAAAUAAAUAAAUUUAUAAAUAUAUUCAGAAAAUACUUACGAACUAUGGGUAUGUUAAUGGGUACUAAGAUAGGUAAUUUCAUGGUUUAUAUUUAUUAAAUUUCAAUAAAUUCAAGUCAUCAUCAUCAUCAUCAUGUCAGCCAAUGGACGUCCACUGCAGGAGAUAUGCCUUUUGUAGGGAAUUCCAAACAUCACGAAACUGGGCCACCUACAUCCAGCGAAUCCCUGCGACUCGUUUGAUGUCGUCAGUCCACCUGGUGGGUGAUCAACCAAUACUGUGCUUACAAAUAAAAUUCAAGUUAAUCUCAUCUAAAUAAAUUAUAUUUAUCGAAUUUCUACUAUGAUUUUAAUAAUCUGAUAAGACUAUCAAUAAUUAUCGGUUGCUCUAUAGUGACAGAUCUUUCUAAUAAUGACAGUAAAUGUGAUGUUGCCACACAGCGAAUAUUUAAGUUCCAUUUUUAUUAAUUUCUACUCUUUUAUGUCCCAUUAUAGUUGUUGUGCAGCAGGAGCUGGUAACUGCAUAUAUGUAUAGCCAUUGAAACAGUAGACGCCCGCGUAAAAAAGUCUCGGGCGUCUGCUAGUAAGAUACUAGCUUUGUGAAACCUUACAAUUUCCUUAAAGCAUUUACGAGAAGAUAAAUAUAGAAUGUUUCAUGAAUAAACGCAUUUCAUUUUUUGUUGAGGGGUCAUUAAUAUUAUUUAUUUACAUGAUGCAGAUAAAACCUUAGACAAUCGACUUUAAUUACAUCAUUAUACCUGCAUUUAUCUUAUAUAACUCGUAAUUAUCUAUAUAUAGUGGACACCUGCGACUUCGUACGCGUGGAAUUCAUGGAUAUUUACUAGAUAUAAAGUAGCCUAUGUGUUGUUCCGGGUAAUUAUCUAUCUUCGAUUUAAAUUUCAGCCAAAUCGGUUUAGCAAUUGCGGCGUUAAGGAAAAAAACAUACAUACAAACUUUCACGUU